AUGGCUGCCCCUCUCGCCCUCAUCCCCUCGCCCGCUCGUCCGCACGCCGACAACCGCUCUGGCAGGAGUAAGACGACGCUACAGGAGCGCCAGAAGUACCUCGACUCUCUCCCCAACGGCUAUAUCCCAUCGCGCGAGGAGCUCGAAGCUGCAGGCUACUUCCCGUACGCACCAAAGAGUGCGCUCCAGCCGUGCGGUGCGGGCGACAGGCCGGAGAAGGAGGCGGACAGUGAUGUUGGACCUGAUGAGGUGCCGAAGAGGUCUGCCGGAGGCAACAGGCGCAAGCGAGCAGGACCCGACGACUCGGAUGCAGGAGAUCGCGACGACGACGACCCUUUCGCGGUGGAAAUCCCGCCGCCGAAGCUCGAGGUUGGGAAAUGGGCGAUGCAGCACUUGAUGGACGAGAAGCUGGGUGGACUCGAGCUGGAGAAGAUCACGCGCGAGCCAGGUCGUUCGGGUGGGAGGAGCAAGAGGCAAGGGUCGGAUUCUGGUCGUCGCCCAAACCCGAAGACCUCCUCGGCCUCCUCAGGCGGCGCAAAGCGCUCGCCUGGAGCACCCGCUUCGCUCGACAAUGCCGACGAGAUUGAGCCGGGCAUUCAGGACAGCGACAUCGCCUCUCCCCCUCCCGCCUCGUCUUCUCCGCCGUCCGCUUCCCGCUCGCCCGGUUUCCACCCCUCGCCCGCACCAAUCGAGAACGAUGCCGCAGUUCACAAGGCUCAGAACGCGCCUGCGACCCCGCCCGACGGAUUGACAGACCGUUCGACGAACACUCCUUACCCCGCUCCUCUCGCCUCGCCGUCCGCCUCUGUCGAUGAUGCUCGUCCGCCUACGGCUUCGACGUCUGCCAGCGACUCAGCAAACAUCGAAGUCACCUCACCUACGUGCGGUACUGCGACGAUGACGGUCAACGGCAAUUCCUCGGCGAACCCUCUCGCGGGUCCCUCUCACGGCGGGGAAGACGCGCCCGUUCUCGAGAUGCUUCCUGCACAGGACGAUGUCGAGACUACGACUUCAGCUACGACCGCCGACGCGCCCGCCGACGCCGAGCCGUUGACGGCGCCGCCCCUCCGCCGCAGCGCACGCAAGGCCGGAAGACCUGCUCAAGCCGCAACAUCCGCCGUCUCCUCGCCGCCGCCUGCUCAGCGUGGGCCAGACAAGUCGGCAUCGACGUCGAAAUCGUCGACGAGGCGCGAGAAGGACGCAGCCCAGAGCGCCGCUGGUUCUUCCUCAGCUCCGCCCGCUGCCGCAAAUCCCCCUUCCACCUCUGCAGGCUCCUCCGCAGCCGCAAUCGGCUCCUCGUCGUCGUCAGCCGCCCUCGCAAAGACGCCUCAGCAGACCAAGAAGCCGAAGCAGGACACGGUCAAACUGUUCACAACGUGGGAGAAGAGCAAGGAGGCGGUCUUGGCGCUCUUCAAUGAAGGCAUCGUGCGGCCGAUCUACGUUGGAAACGCCAGUCUCCGCUCGAAACCCAGUUACACCUGCGCCCUGCCAGGUGGACGCUCUUUCGGUUUUGUCAUGGACGCCGAGAUAUCGGAGCGCCGCGACAUCCGCUUCCGGUUCAACCAAACGACACUUGCGCCCGAGAUCGCCAUCAGCAAGGAACAAGAGGACUGCCGUCCUGUCCGCGGGACAGCAAAUAACCCUCUCAAGCUGUACGAACACGCCGGCUACGACUGGACCGAGUCGCCUCUCGACAUUCUCGGCGAAGCGGGGCAGCAGAACCUGAAGGCGUACAUCUUUUCGGCGCUGAACGGCCUGAAGAAGUUCUGGCCGAGGGAAUCACUGGAGUGGCUGCCGCAGAGUGUGAUGGAUUGUUGGUCGUCGAAGGAAGAGGUCGCGCCGUUCAAAAAGGCAAUGACUUGGCAAGACGCUCGCGCCGGGAACAUCCAGCUUCGUCCUUACGCUGUGCGCGGGAAGUGGUAUCUGCGGGCGAAGAUUUCGGUCGGCAGUUCGGAACACGAGUGGCGGGGAUGGCUGCUCGAGGGCGUCAAGAUGGACAGACCGGUAUUUGUCGAGCCAGCGGGAAGUCGCGACUUCCAGGUCGUCUCGGAGGGACACGAGGGAGUUCUCCUCUCCUCUCUUGUCGGUUCGAGGGACGCUGCUCAGCUUGCCGUUUGGCGCAGGGAGGUUCGUAGGGUAUCUGUUCGUUAG